AUGAUCUCGUUUCGCCACCUUCAACGUGGGCUCUCCAAGUUCAGCUCAAGAAGACGGCUUUGGACCUCUUGCGCUUUCGAUCACGGCGGCACCCACAAAGCCAAUGCGUCUUCCGUCGUUUCCCUCCUCGCGCAAUCUCGACAGCAGCCCGAUUCGCCGAGCUCGACCCAAGCCCACGCCAAGAUGGUGGCGACCCUCUUGUCCGAAUGCGGUGACAAGCGAGGGUUGAGCUUGAUACAUGCCCAUGUGAUCCGCUCCCGCUUGUUGGACUCGAAUCCCGUCGCGUUCCACUGGAAUAUCAUAAGAGUGUACGCGAGGCUAGACGCCCCGAGAAAGGCGUUGCUCGUGUACGCGUUCAUGGCGAGGCGGGCGUUCGUCGGAUUCUUACACUCUUCCGAUUGUCUUGAAGGCGGUGUGCCGAUCUUUGAUUUUGAAGCCGGCAGGCUGCAUGUCCCCGCGGCCGAGGAGCUGUGCCUCCUCUUCUCCGGCCUCCAUCCGGACUAG